GUUUUUAUUGUUUUUGUUUCUGUCUCUAAAGUUAAGGUAACUAAAAGUAUUUAAGCGAUGGAAUCACAAUAAAACCGCUUGCUUAUCUAAUUCGUUGCGCAACCAAGCGGCGAGAGUGAGGCGGUUCCGUGGGGCAAGCGCAAUUCGUUUCGAUUCCGGACAUCAACAGGUGCGGCGCCGGAAAUGGGUGAAGUGAAGGAUUGGCGGCCUUUCGUUUACGGCGGAGUCGCCUCUAUUACGGCGGAAUUUGGCACCUUUCCUAUCGACACAACGAAGACGCGCCUCCAAAUCCAAGGUCAGAAAAUCGACCAAACGUUCUCCCAGCUGCGAUAUCGCGGCAUGACCGAUGCCUUUGUGAAAAUCACCCGCGAGGAGGGUCUGCGGGCCCUGUAUUCCGGUAUUUGGCCAGCAGUUCUAAGGCAGGCGACCUAUGGCACCAUCAAGUUUGGAACCUACUACACCCUGAAGAAGCUGGCCAACGAACGCGGUUUGCUGACGAACGACGACGGCAGCGAGCGGGUGUGGAGCAAUAUUCUGUGCGCGGCGGCUGCAGGAGCGAUCUCUUCGGCUAUUGCUAAUCCCACGGACGUGCUGAAGGUGCGGAUGCAGGUGCAUGGGAAGGGACAGCACAAGGGCCUACUGGGCUGUUUCGGGGAGAUCUACAAAUACGAGGGCGUUCGCGGACUCUGGCGCGGAGUGGGUCCGACGGCUCAGCGCGCCGUGGUUAUCGCCUCUGUUGAGCUGCCCGUCUACGACUUUUGCAAGCUGCAGUUAAUGAAUGCCUUUGGAGAUCACGUGGCCAAUCAUUUCAUCUCGAGCUUUAUUGCCAGUUUAGGCAGUGCCAUUGCCUCAACGCCUAUUGAUGUAAUUCGGACGCGCCUGAUGAACCAGCGUCACGUUAGCAUUACUAUAAAUGGAGUGGUCACGGCAGCAGCCACACCAAAGCUGUACAGCGGCAGUCUUGACUGCGCUGUACAGACUAUCAGGAACGAAGGACUCCCCGCCCUGUACAAAGGUUUCAUUCCCACCUGGGUGAGGAUGGGUCCGUGGAAUAUUAUAUUUUUUAUAACCUACGAACAACUUAAGAAGUACUAGUGCGAGAGAUAGUAACGUCCAAGGAAUUCAAGUACAAGACGUAUUUUAGCAUUCAAACCAAAAAGAUCAGAUCUGCUGCCACACUUGGCUUAACUUUAAGAUCACAGUUGAAACGUAGGGGUCACUGAAGUGCCUGUCUCACAGUCUAUUUGAUAACCCCUAGAACCUCCAGUGUCAUUUUGCCUUGGGCAAGAGCUAAACAGAUUGGUCGCAUUUAAAAUGUUGGCGUAUUCAAGUAUUUGCAUUUUUCUUUACCAAAACAUAUAGGUUGUUGCUCUGGCGUUAAAGCUGCAAAUUUGAUUUGAUUUGAAGAACACUGUAUUUACUUUAAUUUAGGCUUCUACUUUAGUUACAUACUUAGUGAACAUGAAAUAUUUAUAAUGUAAAUUUUGUAUUAUUAGUGCAUUUUGCUUGUUCGAAACAUAGACAUUUUCGAUCAUUUUACAUCAUGUGCAUCUUCGCUGUAAAUAUAUGCAUUUAGUAGCAUAUGCCCUGUGCUACUAAAUACAGAAUGUACAUUUAUGAAUAUUUACUCAAUAAACUGUUUGUUGGAAAUCUCAA